AUGUCCGCCCGCUAUUCGGUGCUUCUCGUGCAGGCCCUGAUCGUCGCCCAUUUCGAGGUCAUCGAAGCGACCAAAUGCUACAAAUGCAUGAGCCCCGGACCAAAAGAUACAUACGAUCCGAAGGCGGAUACCUCCGAGUCACCGCAUCCCCUUCACCCGGAUUGUCUGCAAGGCAGCAAGGACCUGCCCACUUGCGACGGUGCUCACUGCUACGCGUCGUUGAGCGAAAACACUGAAGGCGGACCGUUAAUGAUUAGGACGUGCAUGCCGAACUCGCGAGAGUGCGGUCGUGAUCAAGUCGGGUCGCUGGUCUGCUCUUGCGCUGGCGAUCUGUGCAACAACUGGGAUCCGGCCACGCUGAAGGCAAAGAUUCCAUCCAGCUCGUCCAACUCGCUCCUCCCCCUCAUCAUCAUGAUGGCCGUCGGCGCGAAAAUGAUCGCCCUUUUC